UCACGGAGGCCACGUUUGAAGUCGAGGGCGGCGACGGCGGCUCGGGAAAUGACGCGCAUUUGCUGAUGUUUGCUGCUCACGUGGCGCGCGAUCAGCUGAGAAGUCUAAAAUUUGACCCUAUGUCACCCGGCAUUCUAUUAGCGGAGCUAUCUGAUUUAAUCUGCUCUGUAAAGAGCGUUGUAUAUAUAGCAGUCGGGGGAAGCGCCGAUCAGCCGUACAGCAUACCGAACGCUUAUCAUGGCACAACAGUACGCGGCGCCUAGCAGUGCAGUCGGCGGGCUUCAGGAAACCCUUCGGACCAACCAUGACGAGGCCUUCCUGUACGUGUCCCAAGGCCUCAGCUACGAAGAACAGGGCGAAAACGCCCUUGCCAUCGAGAUGUACUACAAGGGGCUAGAAAAGUUGGCCAAUGGCUUGAACCUGAACUGCGAGCGUCCGGGUUGCAAUGGUCCGGAGUGGGAGAAGGCGCGCACCAUGCAGCGGAAGAUGCAGCACAUCAAGGACGAAGUCGAGUUUCGGCUCAUGGCCAUCGAAGCAGCCGGCGGAGCACCUCUGUACGCCGACAGGCCACCGACCUACGACGAGGCGACGAGUGCGGGUACAGCCCGCCCACCGCGAAGGGAAGCAGAGGAGCUCUUCUGCAUCGAUUCUGGUGUUCAGAUUUUCUAUAUCUCUGGUGGAGGAGGAGUUGAGGCACCACCUGAGCCCACGAAUCUCCAUGUGUACCGGUUGCCGGGCAAACAGGACGCCGUAUUUCCUGAGGAUAAAGCCCCACUUCCGUGGCUACAAGUGGGCACAUGGAUUUACCCUUUGGUUCCAAAGCAGUCCCCGGCCCUGAGGUCAGGCUAUGGAGCCUAUCUUUUUCCCAACAUUGAUGCACCUUUGAAAGAAGCUGGGGCUUUUGUGGGAGUCCUGCUUCCUGCUGACCUGCCAUACGAGAUGAUUUCGCUUUUUGAGUCUCUCAUGGAAGAGCUGACUGCCAUGAAGAUGGAGGCCCUGACAGACCUGAGCGGUCUCCCAGAUUCUGUGAUGAGCCGGUUCCGUCGGUCUGCCUCCUUCAGCCAGCAGGUGUCUGAGAGCAUAGUAGCAGGCUCGGAGGCACUGUCCAAGGGUUUGACCAAGGGUGCCAUGGUGACUGGUGAGGCUCUCAAAAUGGGCACAGCGCGGCUCAAGCAGUACCUCAAGCCAGAAGCCCAGCCGGUGAUGGUGGACCCCAGAGUGAAGCAAGGGCUUGAGAUCCUGCGUACUGUCACGGGCUCGGUGCGCAAUGUCACAGAACGUGUCGCCAACAAGGUGGGUGAGCUGACGGUGACAGUGGCACAGAUGGUGGCCACAAAUGUGUCCUGUGACACUUGCGUGGCUGGCAUACAAGAAGUGCCUUCCACAAGCAUGGACAAAGUGCACGGCGCAAUCACCAUUGCCAAGGGGGGCCUACAAGGUUUGUCCACUGUGUAUGUUGGUUUGGAAAAUGCAGCCAAGAUCUUGGCUACCAGCCUUGCCAAUGAGACAGUUGAGGUUAUUGGCCACAAGUAUGGAACAGAUGCUGCACAAGUGGUGGACAGUGCCAUGGGCUCUGUCACCAAUGUCACUAUGGCCACAACGGCAGUCCGCGGUUUAGGAUUCAAAAGAAUUGCGAAACACACAGCAAAAGAGACCGGAAAAGCAAUUCUUCAGGAAUAUGUGAGCAGCCUUGAGGCGCAAGGAAAUUUUCAUGAGAGUGCAGCCAUACGAAAAAACCUAGAAAUGCAAAAGUCUUAGAAAGUGUUAUUGUUUUGUCACAACUCCCAAGAAGGAAAAAUGAAGCUGUUGCAGAAGUUAUCGCAAUGUUUUGUUUUAGUUAGCGGCGCAGGAAAUUGUCAUUUGGCGUGUAGUUCCUGUUGAGUUCCUUGAGAAGCAUAUAUGAAAUGUCUAUGUAGUGCAUUAGAGUAUUGUUGCACUAUCUUUGCUUGUCGCUGCUAAAGCUUAGCACCUUACACAAUUUGUGACGUGCCUUUUAGUCAUACUUUUGUUGUUGCUUCACUUCUGCCCUUCAGCUCAAACAAAAGGCAUCUCAGGAAGCACAAAGCACUUCAGGGGAUGAACAAAUGGACCUUUAACUCAUCCACUCACUCACCCCUCGGGUAUACUGGUGCUUCCAUAAAAAGAAGUGAUGUGCUUCAAAUAUAGAGUGAUAUGUGUAUAUUGUAUAUGACAAAUACAAAUGUAUAUUUCAAGCGAAAAUGACAGCGCGUGCUGUUGUACAGAUGUAUUUUUUUUUAAUAAACAUUAUUACAACAUG